UCCGAUCGACCCAGCAGUGUACUCUCCUACUGCUCUUAAUUUCUGAUGAGGAUCGUUGCCAUACUCUUUUUGUGCAAUUAAUCUACUGUGUUGCAUUUCACAGGUUGCGUCAACGCAGGGAGAGCAUGAUUUGUCCCUUUUGCUUCCUUCCUCAUUUGAAGGCUCACUUCGGCUUUUAGUGGGCUGGCUCUGAUGUCAGCCGGCUGGUUGGCUGUCUGGAUGCGCGAUGCGAGAGUGCAGCAGCAGGACACACACACACACACACACACCGCCGUGUCUGCAUGCUUUCCUAUUCAUACUGCAGCCGUAAGGUCGCCUCUGCGAAGUGGACUGGAUGCCGUGGAGGGCGAGGACAAAGUCGGAUUAAGCAACAGACGCCCGAAUUUGGCAUCCCCUCCUCCUCCUCCUCCUCCUCCUCUCCUCCAUGUGGAUGGGAGAGACACAGAUUGAUGAAGAGCGAUAGAGCACGCGCAAGAGAGGGAAAACGGGGGGGACUGCAGUACACGCAGGGUCUGGAUGAAUAACCAUGGCAACAGCAACAGCGGCAGCGGUAGCGGUGCAAGCGGAGAUAUAAACAUUGCACAGGAGCGCAUCCAUCCGCAUUAACUCACGAGAUCGUCUCAUUUCCUGCAUCACUGCUAAGGUGAUGACUGGGAUUAUAUCAUGUCUGAAGUACAGGCAACGUUGGAGUUUUCCGUAGAGUUGCACAAGUUUCAUAAUGUGGAUCUUUUCCAGAGAGGGUUCUACCAGGUACGAACAGGGUUGAAGGUCUCCCCUCGGGUGCUUCACAGGUUGACGGUGACGACGCAAGAUAAUGCAGCAGGCGAAUGCAGCUUCAGCUCCCCGGGGGUGUACGACGGCACCGUGUUCAGCCACAUAUUUCAGAUCCUUUACCGGAAUGAGGAUAUCACCGUCAACGACGGCAUGCUCUUCAAAGUGCAUCUGCUGCUGGAUGGAGAGAGGCUGGGGGAGGCUCUCAGCGAGGUGGACUUCCAGCUGAAGCUGGAUCUUCACUUCACUGACAACGAGCAGCAGUUGGCCGACAUGGUCUCGGUGCCGUUGAUCAGCAGCCGCACCCUCAAUCUCCACUUCCACCCGCAGAGAGGCUUGCAUCAUCAUGUUCCCGUCAUGUUCGACUACUUCCACCUGUCCGUCAUUUCCGUGUCCGUCCACGCCUCACUGGUUGCCUUACAUCAGCCGCUGAUCAGCUUUGCUCACACGGGAAAGGGCUCCUGGCUGGGGAAAGGUUCACUGGAGAGCACCGGUGACCAAGCAGCCAUCUCUGUGGAAAACCUCGUCUUUGGAGCUGGGUACUGCAAGCCCGUCAUCUCUGAGGGGAGCUUUUAUGUGCCGAGCGAGGACUGCCUACAAAGAGCGCACACCUGGCACAGAAGACUGUGUCGCCUCCUGCUGUCCGCCCACGGCGGACUUAGCCGCUACUGCGCCGCGCUGAUGAAGGAAGUCCCGCAGCUACAGCAGAUGCCGGUGGAUGACGAGGUCCUGCCCGUCGAAGAGAUUCUAAAUCAGCUGGCGAUAGAGUUACAGCUGCAAGAGGGCCGCGAGAAGGUGGCCGAGCAGAUCAGCAGGGACGUGGGCCAACUCUGCGCACGGCUGAGCGCCCUGUGGCGUUGCUUCCUGGAGGCGGCCGCUUUCAACCCCCACGUCCUGUCCUACGUGGCUCAGGAGCACCACACUCUCAGGGUGAGGAGGUUCUCAGAGGCGUACUUUUUCACGGAGCACCCUAAAGAGACAUCGCUUCUAUUUCAAGAAGAGCUGAUCAGCAGACAGGGCCAGAUUGCAGCAGAACUACGGUCUUCGGACUACUUGGCCAAAAUGCCUCCUUUACCCGUCGAGUGCCUGGACAUUGAUGGCGACUGGAACAGCCUUCCCAUCAUUUUUGAGGACCGCUAUCUGGAGUUUUCUGCAAAAGAACGGGUAGCGCAGGCGUCCGACGAUCAGACCGAUGCGGGUGGGCCCGUCGUCGCGGCUCACCCGAGUGCCGAACGCUCGGAAGUAUCCCGGGACGCUUCGGAUAGCGACGACUGCAUGGAUUUGAGCGCCUACGUGGCGCUCAUCGGCAAGCCGAGCAACCGCAGACGUUGUCGGGACGCUCGUCCGACGGACGAAAGAGCAGAGCGACCGCCGGCGGAUCCGCGGGUAUCAAAGGACGGAUCGUCAGUCGGGGAAAGUUCGGGCCUGGGAAAAUCUGCGAGUCUCAUCACUUGUCAAACGGAAGAAGCCCUCGGGAAUGGGAACGUAGAUCUUAUACCGCGAGAUUGCGUCCAUCCUUUAGACGCCUCAACGGACAACGGUAGCCAAAAGAGCGACGACGACGACUUUGAGACGUCCGUGCCAUCGACUCAAUUUGCGGACGACGGAAGUGAGGAUGCUCCAGUCGGCGCCGCCGCGGUCUCCGCGGAUUCUGCUUCACCGUCCUCUCUCGGGCGUCUCCGGAAGGACUUGCCCCCUCGAGGAGGUGCGGUCAUCUCCAAGAUGAUCAAGCGCUCGUCCUCGCUCAUUUCGGACUCGGGUAUCGAGAGCGAGCCCAGCUCUGUGGCGUGGCCCGUUGAAACGCUCCUGCGGGCUAAACCCGCUUCGGACUUGUCCGGCGAACGGGAGAUCCUGCGGCAGAAAGGGUCUCGCCACCCGGUCCUUCGCGGCUCUUUGGAGGGCCUGCGGAUGGAGAGCAACGGUAGCAUUCCCAGCGCUGGUAUCCAGGCCUCCUUGACGUCCAUAAGUUCCCUGCCGUACGAGGACGAACGGGAGCACGGCCACGGUGGCAAACUGACCAAAUCCAUGUCGGCGCCGCAGAUCAGUAGCCCGGACGACGACCAGGAAGAACGGGCGCCUUCCAAUUCCGAUGCAGCCCGUUUUUCUUUGACCUCGGAGCGGUCGGAAUCCUCCAUUUUAGACGCUCGUUCGAUGUCAAACAACAGUACCGAAGGCGCCGUGGCUUCCGAAACGUCCAAUCGUCCGCAAAACGUUAUCGGGAUCGACAAAUCCGGCUGGGCUCUGAGUUGCGAGUCUGCGGCGGGCCCUCCGGUCAAGGAGAGUCCAGUUCUGGACCGGCACAGCGGCGUCAAUGUCGACAAGAACCAAAGUCUCCACCGGACCGAAUUUCGUAAGCGGGAGUCCAGAACACUUGCGGAAAAUGGCUCUCCGCCAUCUUCGGAAGGCGAGAAGGAGGCGGCGGGCGACCCGACGAAAGCCUCCAAGGCGCCCAACUCGGGCUUGGCCUUCGUCAAUAAGAAAAUGGCGGAGGUGGUGAACAUGUCGGUGUCCUGCGCGCCCACCUGCCUGCCCUUUUCCUCUGCUCUAAGAGACUCUCCGUCCAUGAGCGGCAUGUCCGCCCGCCUGACGACCUCGCCCGUCACCAACCAGCCGCUGGGCUCCUUUGGCAUCAUCUCCUCGACGUCGGCCAAGCCUUUUGGCGCCGACCGGGAGGUCAACGAACGCAUGCUGAGUUUCUUUAAAGCCAAAGAGGAGCUGUUCAAAGGGGUGAGCUUCCUGGGCGGCCUUUACAGCGACCUGCCCCUGCUGGCGUCCGACCUGCCCUACUUCCCGCCCGAGGAGGACGACGAGGAGUUUGAUGACGGCAUCCACCUGGUGGUGUGUGUGCACGGGCUAGACGGAAACAGCGCAGACCUUCGCCUGGUGAAGACGUUUAUCGAGUUAGGCCUGCCAGGAUCCCGGCUGGACUUCCUCAUGUCUGAAAGAAACCAGGCUGACACGUUUGCUGAUUUUGACACCAUGACGGACAGAUUGCUGGAUGAGAUCAUUCAGCACGUCCAGUUGUACAAUCUCACCAUCGGCAGGAUCAGCUUCAUCGGACAUUCUCUGGGGAACGUCAUCAUCCGCUCGGUGCUGACGAGGCCUCGCUUCCGUUGCUAUCUGCCCAGACUGCACACGUUCCUCUCGCUGUCCGGCCCGCACUUGGGGACGCUGUACAACAACAGCGCGCUGGUCAGCACAGGUCUGUGGUUAAUGCAGAAGCUGAAGAAAUCGGGAUCCUUGCUGCAGCUCACCUUCAGAGACCAUACGGAUCCGCGGAAAACCUUCCUUUAUCUCCUGAGUCAGAAACCCGGGCUGCAGUUCUUCAAGAAUGUGGUGCUGGUGGCGUCGCCCCAGGACCGUUACGUUCCUUUCCACUCCGCCCGAAUCGAGAUGUGCAAAACGGCUCUCAAAGACAAAACGACAGGCCCCGUCUACACGGAGAUGAUCAACAACCUGCUGCAACCUGUGCUGGAGGCCAAAGACUGCCGGUUAAUCCGUCAGAACGUUUUCCACGCUCUGCCCAACACGGCCAACACGCUGAUCGGCCGAGCCGCCCACAUCGCCGUCCUGGACUCCGAACUUUUCCUCGAGAAGUUCUUCUUGGUGGCAGGACUUGACUACUUCAAAUAACGGUGCUUUGGUCUUUUUUUUUUUUUACCACCAACGUGUAAUGAAUAUACUGCACUCUUGUAUGUAGAUAGCCUUCGUCGGGAACGAGGCGAGCGGUUAGCUUUAGGACGGUUAGCGGAAGCGCGUUAAGCGACUGUUCAAGACUCGUAGCCAUGCCAAUUGUAACAUAAAUAUGGAACAUCUAUGCCGCAUAGAUGCUUGCCUUAUUGCUAACCUCUCAGUACGCAACACUUCACACGUGCUAACUGCGCCGACGUUUCUUCUUGUUGGAGGAAUUCGACGGGCGCGGACCCGUUCGUCGCCGUCCGAUUAGCCUUCGCGAAGUACACGCGCACAACGUGUCGGCGUCAAAAGAAACUCGAGAAGGAACUUCCUGCAUUCUUGCCGAGCAGGAAUUACUAAUUAAUAUUAGCAAUGUCGUUUGACGACUGCGUUGCUUUUCGUUUUAUUUCUUUUUUUAAAAUCUGAUGACAUUUUCGAGGACUCUAAAGCGCACGAUCAUGCUUGAUCCUGUUUCAGAAUUUCAAAUGGAUUUCAAAUUUCCAGGACUGGCGUCAUGAACAUAAAUCUUUCACAGUUUAUUUUAACGUACAUACGGCGAUACACUACCACGAACAACAGCUAAAUCAAAAUAUUAUCAAUGUACCUAACAAUAAAACGUUAUUAAAUUAAUGAAUAGAGUUUAGCAAGUAUCAUUAUGUCCUUAACCUCUGUGUGUGUGUGUGUGUGUGUGUGUGUGUGUGUGUGUGUGUGUGUGCAAUACGACCUUAAAUGUUUUUUUUUAAUAGGCGAUACACUGUAAACUUAUGUACAGAUCCAAUUCUAAUGCAUUAAAUAGGCAGUAUAAGAAGAAAAAAAACAUUUGCACAAAGUAUUCACAAAGAUGUGCUUUGGUGUGGAUGAACUCAAUUUAUUUUGGUGUUCAGUGAACAUAUAGCAGUCAUUUAGUGUAAAAUUCAUCAUUUUCCAAUGAAGAAAAGGGUUCUUGGGUUCUCCGGCGUUAAACAUGAAAAACACGGCGGGGAAGAAGGAAGGUCGCAUCCUAACCGCGUCUUUUCCAAGCUCCCUUCGGUUGUCUGAGCUCUUUGCGCCGACAGCGAGUCGAUAAUGGUGCAAAGUGCUUUUUUUUGGGGGCGAUUAAGGUUGUCAUCGUGACUGAUAGCAGUCAAACGCAUCCUUUGAAGGAGCAGAAUUGUUCACCUUCACCUUCGCAGGCCAAUGUCAUGUGUCCUCAUAUCGAGAGCGAAAUCAUUGAUAGUUUGUUUUCUCAAUUAUGUUCAUUUUAUGUCGUCUUCAGUGACGACAUGGGUGAGUACUUUCUUUGCUGAUCAACUUUGGAGGUUCCACUGCGUAUUGCAUUCAACCGCAGUAAAUUCUUGGGUAGGUUUAUAAAUGGAUCACAAAAUGUGAUGGCUCAAUAAUGGCGUAAACCGAGAGAGACUCCUGCCCUCAUUUUUGUUGUGUGUAGUCCGAGAAAAAAGGGGAAGAAUUACGGGCCCCCUUAUAGCAGUUUUCUGUCACGCAUGAAAAGACCUGCGUGUUCGGUGUCAGCCCCGCACUGGAAGAUUCUUUGUGUCGAUAAAUUGAAUGUUAAAAGUCUAACAUCACUGUGAGAACCAUGUAUUUAUUUCAUCCUGUGAAGUGUAUACUUUGUAAAGUACAGAGAAAACGGCUUUGUCUGUGCCAUUACGACUAAACAGAUGUGACGGUGCAAUUAAAAGGACAUGUUUUGCAGAA